AUGCAGUCUGUGUUUCAACAAGAGCUGAUGCCCGCUACUCCAUUCUUACGCACCCCGCUCGCCAAUCGCGAACCAUUCCUCGAAUAUAAUGCAGGUCAGAGCGGAGAUUUCAUGAAAUAUACACAGGAGCAGAACGAUAACUUUGGACUGGCGUACGACUACGGAUCCAUCAUGCACUACGCCGCAGCGGAUUAUUCGACCGAUGGAUCGCCGAACGGUGCAAUUCACAAACAUCGGCCAGGUGCGAGAAUGGCGGAUUUCCUCAUCCCCGAAACUGCUCGAAAUGCGUAUGUCCUAGUGGUUACGGAGGAGAUUUAUGCAACGAAAGAGUGA